AUGCUGCAGGCGCAAAAUGGAGCAGGCGCUUCUAACGACGCUGUGGGCGUGCUGAACCCCAACACGCACAACUUGACAGUUUUGCCACUGCACGACUGGCGGUUGCUUAUUGAGAAUGCGCCGUUGUGUUCGGUCUCUUCGUCCCCGAGCGGUGCGAGAUUUCUGCACGUAUCGGGCACGAAGUAUCUGUUCGAGGAUGUUUUUAGGGAGCUUCGUUCUUGCUCAGUCUCAGAUAUUAGUGCACGCAAAUUGCCGUCAUGCGAGUGCUGUAGUGGGUGUCGUCCCGGCUUGCAGUUGGAUGAACCGAUGCUCCAGAUGUCGCAUGAUUCGUCGGUAUCAACCCUAUUCCCCAAUGUUGGAGCAUGCGCAUAUGCGUAUCGGUCUGGUUCGUGUUCGUCCGACUCCGGCAGUGAGGCUUUGGCGCACAGUCAAGCAGAGAACUGCGAGGGCACAUCCCAGGAGCCGUUGGCAUCAUGUACAUGCAGGGGGUCUUCGGAUGAGUUUAGCACGCCCGACGAUUCUACGUGGAAUGGCGUAAACGGUCACCCCCUUACGUCUGCAUCCACCAGUGCGGGGGUCGCAUCGAUCGAGUUACAUCCGGGCGUCGACGCUGAGGGUACAGGAGCCUCUAUGGACAAAAAAGUGCGAAAUCGCAGAUCUAAUCGCUACAACUCCGACGAUUUAGGUGGAGGAACUCGGGCAACCUCUGACACCGAUUCAGUUGGCACAUCUACGGUACACUUUGAGACCGCCGAUCGGGAGGAGUGCGUUUCCGAAUAUCCACUGGACCACUCGUCGUCACUUCCAUCGCCAGCGGUGCACCGAUCGCAUUCGCCUGCAGUUACUCGCGAUUACGCGAGGACGUUUUCAUGCCGCAAUGCAGGCGACCCCGAGCUACUAUGCAAUAUCAGUGAGGUGGACUGCCUGGCAGCGUACGACCCAAACCACGAGGACGCGAUUCGUGACGUGCUGUUCUUCGACAACGUGAUGUGCUGCGGCACCUUCGACUGCCUGCACUUCGGACACAAGUAUCUGUUGCUAUCGGCGUUUUUGAGUUGCCGGAGCUCAAUGCAGAUUGGCAUAACUGCAUCUGAUGCGUUGCUCAGCAAGAAACGAGACUUUUCGCUGAUCCAAAGUCUGGAGAAGCGGCGUGAAGCUGUAGAGAGUUACAUGCGCGUGCUGCGCUACCUGUACGGUUCCCGAAGGAUGGUCUCUUCGCCCCUGUUGGACCAUUUCGCCAACGGCAGCCGUGUGAUGAGCUACCACAAUUGCGACUUCUUCGCAUACCCAUUUACGCCUGUGAUGCUACCGGAUUGCGGUGAGCUAUCGUAUCGUGAGUAUUACGCCGACGGCACGCCGCACCAAUCUCAGUCGGCGGACGGCGCGGAUGCACUGCGCCCUUCGGUUACAACUUUCGAGCUCAUGGACAUUUACGGCCCUGCAGCAGUGCUGGAGGAGACGUUUGCGCUCGUGAUAUCGCCAGAAUCGCUUCCCGGGGCCGAGAAGGUGAACGACCUACGCCGCUCGAAAGGGCUGUCGGUGUGGCCAUUGUUGUCCUCCGGCUUCGUUCUGCACCCGGAGUUGGACUGUACGCGAAAGAAGGUGCACAAGGUGAGCUCCUCUCGCAUACGAAGCUGCAUGAGGCCCAGCACGUAA